AUGAACCCCGGUGCCUCCAGCUUCCCCUCCUCCUCGCUGUACGUGGGAGACCUACACCCGGACGUGACCGAAGCGGUGCUCUACGGCAAGUUCAUCCCAGCUGGGCCUAUCCUCUCCAUCCGGGUCUGCAGAGAUGUGAUCAGCGGCCGCUCCUUGGGCUACGGGUAUGUGAACUUCUACCGGCCUGAGGACGCGAAGUGUGCUUUGAAUACCAUGAAUUUUGAUAUUAUAUACGGCAAGCCGAUUCGCAUCAUGUGGUCUCACCGUGACCCAUCACUUCGCAAAAGUGGCGUGGGCAACGUAUUUGUUAAUCAUUUAGACAGAUCCAUUGAUCAUAAAGCGCUGCAUGAUCUGUUUUCUGCUUUUGGUAACAUCCUUUCGUGUAAGGUGGUUUGUGAUGAAAAUGGUUCCAAGGGUCAUGGAUUUGUACAUUUUGAGACACAGGAAACAGCUCAAAAAGCUAUUGAAAACAUGAAUGGCAGAUAUAUAAAUAAUCGCAAAAUAUUCGUUGGGCAAUAUAAGUCUCCUAACCAACGGGAGGUAGAGCGCAAAGAUAGGGCAAAAGAGUUCACCAAUGUUUACGUUAAAAAUUUUGGUGAGAAUGUAAAUGAUGAGCGCCUUGGGGAAGUCUUUGGCCAGUUUGGACCUCUCUUAAGUGUCAAAGUAAUGACUAAUGAAAGUGGAAGAUCCAAAGGUUUUGGAUUUGUAAGGUUCAAAUGCCAUGCAGAUGCCCAGAAAGCUGUAGAUGAGAUGGAUGGCAAGGAGCUCGAUAAUACAAUUAUUUACGUUUCCCGAGCUCAGAGAAAAAAGGAAAGGCAGACAGAACUUAAGCACAAAUUAGAAGAGAUUAAGCAAAAUAGAAUCACCAAAGACCAGGGUGUUAACCUUUAUGUGAAAAACCUUGCUGAGGAUAUUGACGAUGCACGUCUCUUUAAAGAGUUCUGUCCAUUCGGUACAGUCAUUAGUGCAAAGGUUAUGACGAAGGGCAGUCACAGAAAAGGUUUCGGUUUUGUAUGCUUCUCUUCCCGAGAAGAAGCCACUAAAGCAGUAGCAGACAUGAAUGGUAGAAUUGUGUCUUCCAAGCCAUUGUAUGUAUCUUUCGCUCAGUACAAAGAAGAGCGCCAAGCUCACCUCGCUAGCCACUAUAUGCAGAGAAUGCCACCUAUGACGUCUAUGUUCGACCCAGCAGCCGACCCCUACCAGGAAGCACUUCCAUGCUUCUUGAUGCCGGCCGGCCUACACACCGAGGACUAUGCUGUCUACUAUCCUCCCAACCAAGCCAUUUGCCUAGCACCAAGUCCUCACUGCGCUGAUCAGGGUAUAUCCGAAAGUGUGCCCGGUGCUACUGGCCCAGCCACUCUUCCUUCACCAUUCAGCACCGCGAUACCAGCUUCUUCACAGCUUCCACGAGGCAUCCUGACAGAGCCACUGCAUGUUGCUGGCACAUCAACAGCGACAGCGGGUCGACGUCCUUCAGCCGCUGCCACUGCCCGCGCCGCUCUGCAGUAUGAAUACACUGAAGGCGUCUGCAAUCCUCGACAACUUAAUGCACAGCCACAAGCUACCAUUAAGCAGCCUGCUGUUCGUGUACAAAAUCAGAAGUCUUUGAUUGCUUCCAGGUUGGCGUCUGCCCCUCCUCAAGAGCAAAAGGAAAUUCUGGGCAAAUGGCUGUUUCCUCUCAUUGAAGCCAUGCAGCCUACCCAUGCUAAUAAGAUCACUGGCAUGGUGCUGGAGAUGGAUAAUUCGGAACUUCUUCAUAUGCUUGAGUCUCCAGAGUCUCUCAGUUCCAAAGUUGAUGAAGCUGUAGCUGUGUUACAAGCCUGCGAGGCUCAAGGGGACCAGAAAGCCAUUAACAGUGCCACGAUGGUUCCAGUUUUAAAAUUCGCCAGAGACCACAAGAAGAAACCUGUGCUUCACCGAAGGAAAAAAUCUAAACAUCGAAAAACAUAA